GCGCGGCGGGAAUGGUCUCCAGAGCUGCCGAGGGCGGGAGGGAAAGCAGCAGGAGGAGGGGAGGAGGGUGGAGAGUUGGCGGCUCCAGCCCAGCUCUGUUCCGCGCACCCACGCCUCACUGCUCCGCUUCCUGCUCCCCACCCGGGCAUGCGCCCCCCGCGCCCCUGGCCCCCGAGAGUCCGCAGCGCCCCCCGGAGCGUCCCCAGAGCCGGCUGCGCAAGAUGGGCGCCCCCGGUCUCACGCCUCUGCGGUCGCUGCUGUUGCUGCUAAUGCUGGGAGCUGGCUGCUGUGCCCGGGAGGUGCUGGUUCCUGAGGGACCCUUGUACCGUGUGGUUGGCACAGCUGUUUCCAUCUCCUGCAGUGUGAGCGGCUAUGAAGGCCCUGCCCAGCAGGAUUUCGAGUGGUUCCUGUAUAGGCCUGAGGCUCCAGAGGCUGCACUGGGCAUCAUCAGCACAAGGGAUACUCGGUUCUCCUAUGCGGUGUUUGGGCCCCGAGUGGCGGCUGGGGAAGUGCAGGUGCAGCGUCUGCAGGGUGAUGCCGUAGUACUCAAGAUUGCUCGCCUGCAGGCCCAAGAUGCUGGCAUUUAUGAGUGCUACACUCCCUCCACAGAUUCCCGCUACCUGGGCAGCUACAGUGGCAAGGUGGAGCUGAGAGUUCUUCCAGAUAUGCUGCAGGUGUCUGCUGCCCCCCUAGGCCCCCGAGGCCGCCAGGCUGCAACCUCACCCCCACGUCUGACAGUGCAUGAGGGGCAGGAGCUGGCACUGGGCUGCCUGGCACGGACAAACACACAGAAGCACACACACCUGGCUGUGUCCUUUGGGCGAGCCGUACCUGAGGAGCCAGUGGGGAGAGCGACCCUGCAGGAAGUGGUGGGACUACGGUCUGACUUGGCUGUGGAGGCUGGAGCUCCCUAUGCUGAGCGGCUGGCUGCAGGAGAGCUGCGACUGGGCAAGGAAGGGACUGAUCGGUACCGCAUGGUAGUAGGGGGUGCCCAGGCUGGGGACACAGGCACCUACCAUUGCACUGCCACUGAGUGGAUUCAGGAUCCUGAUGGCAGUUGGGCCCAGAUUGCAGAGAAAAGGGCUGUCCUGGCCCACGUGGAUGUGCAGACACUGUCCAGCCAGCUGGCAGUGACAGUGGGGCCUGGUGAACGUCGGAUUGGCCCAGGAGAACCCUUGGAACUGCUGUGCAAUGUGUCAGGGGCACUGCCCCCACCAGGCCGUCAUGCUGCAUACUCUGUGGGCUGGGAGAUGGCCCCUGCAGGGGCACCUGGGCCUGGCCGCCUGGUAGCCCAACUAGACACAGAGGGUGUGGGCAGCCUGGGUCCUGGCUAUGAGGGCCGGCACAUUGCCAUGGAGAAGGUGGCAUCCAGAACCUACCGGCUACGGCUGGAGGCUGCCAGGCCUGGUGAUGCAGGCACCUACCGCUGCCUUGCCAAAGCCUAUGUUCGAGGGUCUGGGACCCGGCUUCGUGAAGCAGCCAGUGCCCGCUCCCGACCUCUCCCCGUGCACGUGCGUGAGGAAGGUGUGGUGUUGGAGGCUGUGGCAUGGCUAGCUGGGGGCACGGUGUACCGGGGGGAGACAGCCUCACUGUUGUGCAACAUCUCUGUGCGUGGUGGCCCCCCGGGGCUGCGUCUGGCUGCCAGCUGGUGGGUGGAGCGACUGGAUGAGGGGGAGCUGAGCUCUGCCCCUGCCCAACUGGUGGGCGGAGUGGGCCAGGAUGGUGUGGCAGAGCUGGGGAUCCGGCCUGGAGGAGGCCCUGUCAGCGUGGAGCUGGUGGGGCCCCGAAGCCAUCGGCUGAGACUGCACAGCUUGGGGCCUGAGGACGAAGGCGUGUAUCACUGCGCCCCCAGUGCCUGGGUGCAGCAUGCUGACUACAGUUGGUACCAGGCCGGUAGUGCCCGCUCAGGGCCUGUCACAGUCUACCCCUACACACAUGCUCUGGACACCCUAUUUGUGCCCCUGCUGGUGGGUACAGGAGUGGCCCUAGUUACUGGCGCCAGUGUCCUCGCCACCAUCACCUGCUGCUUCAUGAAGAGACUGAGGAAACGGUGAUCCCUUGCUCCCCAGUUCUCGCCAGGUGUUGACAGUCUUCCAGCCAGCUCCAAGCCCUUCUCUGGUUGCCUGGAUACCCUCUCCCUCUGUCCACCCAUCUCUUUAAUUUAUUUGAUCUACCCCCCACCCAAGUGGGAGGUAUGGCUCUAUCUCUCCCCACCUUCCCUCCCAACACCCUCCCUCUGGCCUUCUAUCCUUGGUUUCAUAGCCAUACUAUAGGAAGGCCAUUCCCUGUCCUUGAACUAGUUUUUCUAAAAUGUGAAUAAACUUGUUUUAUAAAAUCCAG